AUGUCUGGAGGCGUAGACUCGUCUGUGACUGCUAAGCUUCUCGCAGACCAAGACUUUGACCUAUCAGCGGUCUUCAUGCGCAACUGGGAUACUCGAGACGAGUCGGGCACGGAUGAUGGCUGUGAAUGGAAGAAAGACUGGGAGGACGUGCGAGACGUUUGCCGCUUGCUUGGGAUCCGGUGCGAGAUGGUCGACCUCUCGCGCGAAUACUGGACGCGCGUUUUCGAGCCGUCAUUGGCACUUUGGGAGAAGGGAUUCAGUCCAAAUCCAGACGUGUGGUGCAACCAAGAGGUGAAGUUCGGCGCGCUCAUGGAUCACAUCAAGCCCAAAGAUGCGUGGAUAGCUACAGGCCACUACGCGGACAAGAGGUGGGCCCUCCCGUCUCCAAACAUGGCCAAUUUCCUUGCAUACAGCAAGAUGGAACCUCGUCCGCAACUCCGUCGUCCCGUUGAUGCGAGUAGGGAUCAAACCUAUUUCCUGACGGCCAUCCCCGAGCGAAGUCUUGCGCGUACUCUCUUUCCCCUUGCCCAGUACAAGAAGGGGGAGGUACGCGAGAUGGCACGGAAAUGGGAGUUACCCACCGCCACCAGAGAUGAAAGCAGGGGGAUCUGCUUUGUCGGCAAGAAACGUAGAUUCGACAGCUUCUUGUCUCAAUAUCUGGUCCCGAAACCAGGGCCUUUCAUUCAUCUUGAGACUGGUAAAGUUCUCGGGCAGCACCAGGGCUUGUUCACGCACACCAUCGGUCAACGUGCUCGCCUAGCCAGCCAAGAACACGCGAUGUUCGUAGCCAAGAAGGAUAUACAGAAGAACGCACUGUAUAUUGUUCCACGAUCCGAUCAUCCGUCACUAAAGUUCCAGACUGCAAUAGUCGACAACUGGAAAUGGAUAUGGGAGGACUGUCCACCUCAUGGUCUGGACGCGGAAGGCUUUCGUGGGACGAUCCAAUAUCAGAGGUCUUCAGCGAGUGCUGCCACAAUUCAUCGUAUCGAUGACUCCAGGAUGCGUGUAACAUUCCAGGAACCACAGCCGGUCACCGGCGCAGGCCAAGUCUUCGCCAUGUAUUCCAAGGACUGGUGUCUUGGCGCCGGCUCACUUCUUGAAACCAGCUAG